UUUGUGCCGAACGAAUACGAUGCUGUGGUGUACAUUACGCCAGGAUUCGAGGACGUCCAAGCUCUUGAAGCCGAAAGCCUGAAUCAUUGCGCCAUUUAGAUUUAGGUGUUCAUCAUUAUGUUGUUUGUUGUUGAACUUUGUCUAGACGGCAUGCAAACGGUUAACCUUAAUCAAAACGAAUAGCAGCUUAUACGAAUGCUCUGGUGUUUGACAUGGAACACGGUGAUGACUGGUUAGCCCUAGACAAACUCUACCACGUCCUGUUCGGCUUCUGCGCCACUAUCAUUUUCACUCUCCUUGCUUCCCGGACCCGCUGCGCUUUCAUCCGCAACCGUUCAACCUGGGUUGGGUCCGUACUUUCAUUGAUGGCUGGCGCCUCCAAGGAGGUUGCAGACGAGAUGGGCUACUUCAAAUCCGCCGGUGCUUCAGCCAAAGAUGCUGUCGCCGACCUCUUCGGGACUUUAAUUGCUGUUUUUGCUCUUUGCUUGACUGAAUCAUUUAAUAUCCCGGUGGGACUCGGAUCUGAUUAUUCGGAUCAAGUUAAGAGGGUCGAGAUGGUUUGAGAUUGACCUCGUCAGGUGCAAAGAGGACAUAAAGCUGUCCACUUGUGAAGGAAUCAUCUGUCAGGAUGUGAAGUUUCAAAUUCGUGGAUGCACUUAGCUGUAGAGGUGUUGUUGAGUUGCAGAAAUGGUGGCUGUGACAAUGGUUUGUUGGUCUCCUCAUGUUUGGACAGUUACGCCAUCAAGGAUUGGCUGAAGCAGCAUAACAAUCUGAGAAUCUGGUUUGGAGUUCAUACGCAGGACUUAACGAAUUGACAUCGUAUAAUCCUCCGGCUAUGUGCAUUAUCUAAUUCUGGCAGCCGAUUUCCAAUUUGCUCAAACAUCUGAUACACGCAUCUGCUUUGUAAUGACUUCAAUAUCUCUACUGCUCCCCUUGAACUACAUUGCCAACUGGAUUGCUUUCCAGUGUUAUCCUUUUCCACCCUGUCCUACAAAUCUUUCAACCGUGAUAGAUCUUCAUACCCAUCGUGCAGUUCUGCAGGGAGUAAUAGAGGCCAUGGACUCAAAGGCUUCUGCAAUAGCCUCCUCUUUGGGUGGACUCUUAUGAUUCUUGUACUUCGGGGUGGAUCUAGAUACCUUUUUUUUUUCAGUUGGUUCAAUGUUUGCUAAAACGCAGAGAAUAUCUCAUCACUUUCUUAAGAAAUUUGUAAA